AUGUCAGGAGAAAGUUGGUUAUUCAUCUUUGCAGUUAUCAUUAAUGCGGUGAACUUAUUCUCACAAGUGUUCUUCACUAUCAUGUAUUCCGAUUUGGAAUGCGAUUACAUCAAUCCAAUUGAGUUGUGUAACAAGUUGAACCCAUGGUUCAUCCCAGAGGGCGGGUUACAUGGAUUCAUUACUUUACUUUUCUUAAUCAAUGGUUACUGGUUCUCGUUCUUGUUGAACCUCCCAUUGUUUGCCUACAAUAUCAACAAGUUUGUCAACAAGAAUCAUUUAUUGGAUGCUACUGAAAUCUUCAGAACCUUGUCUAAGCACAAGAAGGAAUCGUUUAUCAAGCUUGGUUUCCACUUAUUGAUGUUUUUCUUCUACUUGUACAGAAUGAUCAUGGCCUUGGUUGCUGAUGACAGUUAG